GCAACACUGAUUUUGAUUUUUGAAUAUUCUAUUCAGAUCACUGCAAAGUGUAAAUCACUGCAAUAUCAUACAGGUCGAAAUGUAGAGAGACCACAAGUAGAUCUACCUGUUUCAGAGAUUGAGCAGAUCCUCCUGUAUGUCUUCCUGUAACCCAGCCCGUUCAUCGAUAGCUAUUUUGGAGCACCUCGUCUGCAUUCUCACAGCGCUGAGUAGAAAGGAAACUGAAAAUGACAUCUGAUUCUCCCGACGACUCUGCCAGCAUUGCUUCAGCUCGCUGCAGUUCACCCCCAUUGCCUGUUUCCUUUCAUUCUGUGUCUAUUACGGACAGUGAAACUGUACCGGAGAAGGGCUUGUUCGCGAGGCCAUACGUCCGCUACCUUAUCACAACAAGGUUCAAGAGAUUGUCCGAAACUGACGCUGGACAGGAAGUCCUAUGGCGGCGAUAUCGUGAAUUUGACGCACUCCGACAGAGUUUAAUUGCUGCCUAUCCAUAUGUUAUAGUACCACCAUUGCCGGAGAAAAAGGUGCUAGUUGAUGUUGGGGAUGCAGCAACAGUGCGUGAGAGGUCUAUCUCUUUAGAGGCAUUUUUGGAACGCUGUACAUCUCAUCCUAUCCUGUGUAGAGACUCUUCCUUGUGUACAUUUCUCCUGGAGUCAGUCUCGUUCGACAAGGUUGAACAGCCAGCUGCUAAAUCAAGUGUGGAGACGUCAAUGCUGCUACAGCAAGUAACAAGCACAUUAGUCCCACCUGAUCAACAGUUGCAAGGCAUUGACCAUGUGGCAACCGAGACUUGCAGGUACACAAGGCGGGCUUUGCAACGCAUGCAGAGAAUAUCAGUGCUCCACCAGAGACAAGCUCACUGUAGCUCUGAUACAUCGGAGUGUCUACGGAACUGGAGCAUAAUCGACAAGGACUUAGCAGACCCUCUUGCCAUUGCCAGCGGGAAGUAUGAAAGUUUUGGUGAUAACACGGCAGCUCACUGGAAAUCACAGCUGGAGCUCGUAAGCAGAGUGUUCCAUGACUACAUACAGUACAGCGAGGCACUCAGACACGUUCUUCAGCGUGGUCUCCACGUAACUGCGCUGAUCAGUGGCACUGAGGCAAAUAGUACCAACUACUCCCUUGCCACAUAUUUACUGUCUGGUGGAGCGGAGGCCAAUCGUAGCCCCUCUAUGAAAAAGCACCGCGAGGAAGAGGCUGACGCUGCAAGGAGAACGAUCCUCAUGGAAGUGAAUCGCCUUGAUGACCAGCGGAUUACUGCACAAAGACAGAUGUGGUUGGAAUUUGCUCGUAAAAAUGUACAACAUAUUCGCCAGAUGCUGAACGGCUGGGUGAAAGUCAAGGAAGCAUUUCUACCUAUUGCUCAAGAGCCUAUUGACUAGCGUAUCGCUACUGUAAGCAGUAUGAGCCUCGUCUGUUCCUAACCGAAGUUCUGUGUCUACAUUGAUCUAAUUUAUAUUUCCAAAUAUUCCAAAUUUGCAGUUUUUCCAUACCCAGCAUCUUUUUAGGCAGCACCUCUCGCUCCUCAUCGUCUUGAUUUCCAUAGACGUUUCCCUAUCUUGCUAUGUGUGUGUGUGUUGUGUGUGCGUGCGUGCAUGCGUGUGUGCGUGUGUCCCCUCCCUCCCUCUUUUUCCGAUUGUUUCUUGGUUGAGGCUCCUACCUCUAGCUGUCUUGUACGCAUUCGUGUUUCUGCUACUCUUGAAAAUUCUGCCGUCAUGAAAUUCAUACUAGACAUUUGGGCCAGGCCUUAUUUCUGUCCCAUUUUAGUCAUUGUGGACAAACUACCAUAAUUAUCUGAUUUUUACUCGGUUCCCUUUUGUCACUGGACAUGCCUUUUAUCGCCUUUCUUUUUGUUUUGUUUCGCUGGUACAUAUCCGCUAACCUGUGCUCGCCUCCUACUCUUGCGAGCGUGCGAAAGGUCUCUUUCGAAUGCUUUGCGUAUGUUUACAUGUAGCCAUGCUUCCGUUGCCACAGUAGCUACUUAGUGCA